AGACCUUAUACAUUAAUAGGCUCCGACGAUUUGGUCCCGCUUACUUGAACUUCCCAGAAGGUCUGCCAGCUCAGCACGCAAAAUGUCAAGCACUAGUACUUUUUCACCAUUAUUUACAUCUUCUUUUCCUGGUACUCCUACUGGUGCAAUCAAUGGUAGUAGUACGAACAGUACUACUAGUGCCGAACCCAGCUUAACUUCGAGUGCUGCCUUGUAUCUCUACACCUUUCUUGCUACACUCGUCCUUCUGCUUGCUGUCUCAUCCGCCAUUGUUAUUCGCAGCCUGAUACUUCGACGACGUCACCAACGCAUUGUAGAAGAAGCUAUUCGAGCAGGGACAUGGCUCCCUCACCAAUCGUAUGAUCCCAGGGGGAGUCGUAGACGAAGAGAUGUUGGAAAGAAGCCGAAGUUGUGGGAAGCAUGGCUCCGCAGUGGUGAUGAGGAGGGGCCAGCUGAUAUCAAAUGUGCUUGGGAUGACAUAAUGCCUGUCUACGCCGCUCAUAUUAAGUCUUCUCCAAGUCCACGGUCCUCGAGGCCACAGUCACCGCAAACCCGAUCUGACGCGUCGUCUCGCACGAUGCGCUUCCUACGAUCUUACCGUACACCAUUUUCACCAGCACCGGCGACGUCAUCUCCGAUUGUUCCUUCUACGCCUGUAUCUUCAUCUCCGUCAACAUCGGCACCUUAUUCCGUAAGCGUAGCUGUCCUCAUUGCAAUGCCCACACAAUGUCACACACGGGAGGCGGAUGGACCACCUGUCAUUGAGCUUGGGGUCGUCGAUGUCCCUCUCCGAGACAUGAGCCCAAGCGGUGACCAGCCAUGACAGGCACCUACGGUGGUUCUGGGCUAUGUAUGUAUACUUAUUGUUUCUAGCGCUCUUAUUUAAUACAGCAUGCUACAUCGACAUGUAUAGAUGUUAUGUACUUUUACCUGCCACCUCAUCGCCAUGCAUUCUGUCGAAGGGCAGACACACCAUCACUUACGUAGGCGUUGAUCGGUCUGUUCGUGCCUAAUAUAGCUGUGUUGAUCAAAUUGG